AUGUCGCAUUUCAGGAUCAACGCGCUCCAACGUCGUUUUGAGGGCGAGCUUGCCCGCCAGCGCAAGACCAAUCAGCUACAAGAGGCAAGAUGGACUGACUUUGAAAAUGGGGCUCGGCUCAGUCUCCAAUGGAUGGAGGAUUUCCAGAAGGAGCAAGACGAACUCAACAGCGACCACGCAUACAGGAUUCAAGAACUUGAAAAGCGUUGCGCACAUCUGGGAAGCUUGAUCGAUACGGGAGUUGAUGAUCGAGUCGUUGCGGACGGCGCCCUGGAAGAGCGUAUCGAGGCUCUCGAGAACCAACUGGGAAUCGAGAGAGAUGAAGAAGAGUCAUCACCUUCCUCGCGCUACUCUGCAUCCGCGCAAGGCAUUGAUCGAUUUACCUCGCUGGAGCAGGAGGUGGAACGCAUGAAACGUCGGUUCGAAGCUCAGGCCCAUGAGCUCAAAGCUCUCAGAGCUCAAAUCAACACUCAGCUGUCCGGUCCAAGCGCACAGAGCUAUGAGGUCAAUGAAGAGAUUGACUGUGCUAAAAGCUCAACCAAGAAGAGAAAGGUGAUGGAAACCAACGAUCGUCAAAACAGCGCCAACAUCCGACCGAGACCUACUAAAGAGGAUGUGACGACUUCCGUAGGAAGCUCUGAAAAGAGAAAGGUGGUGAACUCCAAAGAUCGAGCAGAAUCUACCAGAGUCGGCUUGUCAGGAGUGUGGACCAGUACACUUAAGCUAUUGACUGAGACGGAAGAUGGUCUCGUUCCUGUUGGCUCUGGCCCGUUGGUCGAUGCAUGGGACCAACAGUGUAACAUUUGGUCCAGGACCGAUCCCAAUUGGCAAAACUACAAACCCUCGCACACAUGCUUGAACUCGAUGCUCUGGUUCCAAUUCGGAAAUGUGAUGGAGAACCCUGAGGCUCUAUCAUUCGCCUGUUCGGACUGUGAAAGCAGCCAAACGUUCUGCGUUGUUUUUGACAACGAGAAGAAGCUACUCAAGUUGCUUCCUCGUCGCAACGCCCCUCGAUCAGCAGCCUAUCAGCUCGUUAAUCUGACGACCUUCAUCAAUCCGAUCCAGCGUCAGAUAAACUGA